AAGAAACAUUCGAGAAGCAAUGUAGAGAUGAGACGGUGGUGGAACAAGCUGGAGGAAUGUGGGAAGUACAUACGGAUGAUCUCCCAACCAGUCAACGACCAUCACACCGCAACAACAACAACACCGAUUGUAUACAUCGACUUCCGCGCCGCAUUCCCCAGAAUUAUCGAGUCUGAAUUUCUCUAUUGGGUCAAGCUGUCUUGUUCUCGGACUUGAACCUUUUUCUAUUUUGCCUUCGAUGGAUACAUUGCCCCCCCCAAUGGUUUGCCUUAUAGUCUCUUGACCUCUCCCCUGUGAGGUUCCGCAGUCUUCCACCGCUAUUGCCAGCUUGAUCUUGCAUGAAGUGGUCUUGAGUACGGAGUACUUAUAGUGAGCUCAAGCCCUUUGCGAAUCUUCCAUUGACAUACUUAUUCAUCAGCACCUUCUUCCCACACACAAUGUUCAGACCUGCGGUGAUCCGGCAAGCCGCAAAGACACUGGGCCUGUCCGCCCGUCCCACACCCCCCAGACCAUUCCUCCGUCCCCUUUCCUCCACCACAUCCCUGCGCAAAGACAACAACAACAACAAGACAAAGAAGGACCCGUUACUGGCAGCAACCACAAACGCUCCCGAGGUCACGCUGGACGCCGAAGGUCAAUACGCCCGUACCGACGAGAAUGUCAAGAUCGAGUACCCGGAUGACGAACACAUGCCUCGAUCGCCGGUGGUGCAGGGUCGAGGUGGCAUGCACUUUAAACGGACGCUGGCCAACUUCUCGCUGGAGAACAAGGUAACUUUGGUGACCGGGGGUGCUCGUGGGUUAGGGUUGGUCAUGGCCCAGGCCAUUAUCGCUUCGGGGUCGGAUCUUGCGAUUGUGGAUCUGAACAAGCAAGAGGCCGAGGAGCAGGCGAAGAAGCUGGUGGAGGUGUUUCAGAAGGAGAACCCGGGCUUGGAAGCAGACCAAAUGCCCAAGGUCACCGCUCACUACUCCGACGUCUCCGACCCCGAGUCCGUAAACCAGGCCAUCGCCGAGGUGAUCGCCCAGCACGGCCAGAUCGACCACCUGGUCACGUCCGCGGGGUUCACGGAGAACUUCGACGCGAUAUCGUAUCCACAUGACCGCAUGCAGAAGCUGUGGGGAGUCAACGUCGACGGGACCUACCUGUUCGCGACCGGGGUCGCCAAGCACCUGAUGCAGCGCAAAGUGCCGGGGAGCAUGGUGAUGAUCGGCAGCAUGUCCGGGGCCAUUGUCAACGUGCCCCAGCCCCAGGCGCCCUACAACGCCGCCAAGGCCGCGGUGCGCCACCUCGCCGCCUCGCUUGCGGUGGAAUGGGCCGGCCAUGACAUCCGAGUCAAUUGCAUCAGCCCGGGCUACAUGCUGACGGCGCUGACGCGCAAGAUCUUGAACGAGAACCCCGAGCUCCGCGAUAAGUGGAUCUCGUUGAUCCCCGUGGGCAAGAUGGGCACCCCGGAGGAUCUGAUGGGUGCUGUCACUUUUCUCUUGAGUGACGCAUCCCGGUAUAUCACUGGCGCUGAUCUGCGUGUGGAUGGGGGGUACACUUUGACUUAGUUAGCCCAGUUUCCAGAUUCGCGUCGAGUCCUCGUGAAUGUGAUCGGUAAUCGAAAUGAUGUAAGAAUGGGUGUAUAGAGCGGGGCGUGUUCAUUCGAUGGAUGUUUUGAUCAGCGUGUCUGCUUUAUGCUUUGUACUCCAGCUGCGUUUUGCUUUUCCUGGAUGUGUUUGGUACUCAGUGGGGGUUCAAUGCGACCACCGCAGCUGCAUUAUGACGAACAUCUUGCUGUAUGAUAGGGGGAUAAUGGAAUGUGAUGAAUGGUGAUGUCUCUG